AUGUCUGGAAACGCUGGUUCCUCUACAGAGGAUGGAAAACACCAUAAACUUCUUAUUUACUUUCUUGAGCGAAUUCGAAGUUCCAAGGAUAAUGUUGGAAAUUCCCUUUCUAAAAUAAUUGAAACGAAUCCGCUGUCGGACAAUCCGAAUGAUUUAUUUGCCAGCAAUCGGCCAACCUGUUUGAAAGCAGUUCAACUAAAGAUAGAAAGCUCUGCUUAUCGAGAUUUAUCAGAAUUUGUCUUUGACAUCGCUCAAUUAAUCGCUAAUGUCAAAUUUUUGUACCACGGUUCGCAGAGCUUCUCUCUUGUUUGUAUGUUGGAAGAAUUUUGUAUUCUCCAGUUACAAAUGCUGCACCAGCAAGGAUUCACAGCUAUGACCCUUUGGCCUCAGGUUCAAGCAUCGCAUGCUAUGAUGAGUCAAAAAAGUACUACCUCCAAUACCUUCCGACCUUCUUCGAUUUCCCCCCAAAGCUUGCUUUCUGCAAAUGCAUCAAAUACACCCAAUACACCCAAACAAGUAAAGCAUGAAGAACAACCAUCUGAUCAGGAUUCAGAGUUUUAUGGGGAAGAAGCUGAAGCAGAUACAGAGUUAAAGAGAAAAUUUGCUCGUGAUGAGUCCGUGGCGAAAGAAGAAGAUGUCAAACAUAGAAAGUUGCAACAAUUUCCAACGAAACCAACUGUUCCACUAGAAGCAAAAGCAAAAGUGAUUAUGCGUCAGGUUCGAAGAUAUCGGGAUGUGAAUGGAAGACAAUUAUUUGCACCAUUUGAGCGUUUACCAGAUCCAAGGAUGUUUCCUGAAUAUUAUCAAGCAAUUCACCAUCCCAUGGCCCUAGAUGUGAUCCAGAAGAAAUUAAACAAAAAUCAAUAUUCGUCUCUUGAUGAGUUCAUUUCUGAUUUUAACCUCAUGUUCAACAAUGCAAAAUCUUUUAAUGACUCUUCUAGUCAGGUAUUCCGCGAUGCCGACUUUCUACAAAAGUACUUGGCCGACGUGAUUCAAAUGGAGCUGGGAAGACUGGAUGUUGAUGGUGGUCCAUACGACGUAGAUUCUCACACUUCUCAGAGACACGACAAGCAAUUUCAGACAUCCAUCUUUUAUGAAGGCACUCCGCUGAGCAUAGGGGAUUGGAUAUUAUUGAAGAACCCGUCUGACCUUAAUAAACCGGUUGUUGCACAGAUAUUCAAAAUUUGGAAUUCAUCUGACCAAACACCUUGGAUAACCGUAUGCUGGUACUUCCGCCCUGAACAAACCGUACACCGUGCCGAUCGCAUCUUCUAUGAAAACGAAGUAUUCAAAACAUCUCUUUACAGGGAUCAUCCUGUUUCGGAUAUUAUUGAAAGAUGUUUUGUAAUGUACAUCACUCGCUACGUGCGCGGGAGGCCGAAAGGUAUUCGCUCAACGCCGGUGUUUGUUUGUGAGUCUCGCUAUAAUGAUGACACGAAACAAUUCAGCAAAAUUAAAUCCUGGAAAGGGUGUAUGCCUGAAGAAGUUCGAGGAUUCGACUAUGAAAUGAUACUUUUUGAUCAUACUAUCCCUCCAAAUAAAGUUCCUAGUCCUUUGCUUCACUUGCUAUCUGGGAGACCCCAAAUGUCCGACACUCAAACGCAGAUGGCUUUAUUUGGUAACAAUAGCAUGAACGCGAUUCCUGCUCAGGGUGUUAUAUUGCCAACUUCUACGAAUCUUGAUGAUAAUUUGAAUCCAAACCGCGUUAUUUCUCCAUCCCCUUCCGAAUCGUUUUCGUCAACGCCGAAGCCUUCCCAUUUGAAUAAUGGUACUCCUCCUGUAAUGCCAACUUAUGCAAGAAAGACUAGUACUCACUCGGAUCGUACACAAUCCCAUCUUUCAAGAUUAGGCUUGCCAGGUCCAGGGAUGUACGGUUCUGCAGGUGGAUACCCCCCCUUGGGAAAUCAAAGCAACAUGGGUCCUUUACCAGCACGUCCUUUUUAUGGAAGCACACAAGACGUUACUUCCAUGCCUCAAUCUCAAAAUUUAUCCAACCUGUACGGGUCGAAGAUGAAUUCUCAAUUUACAAAAGCGAAUGUAACACCACAAGGUACACGCGCUCCUGGAUCGGUUGCUAACGUAUCCGGACAAACAACACAUUUGAGUACUGCAAACAAUGUGCAUACGAUGCCACCUCUUCCUUCAUAUACAGCUGCAUUUAUAAUUCCAGGGACUCAUCAAAAAGAAGAUGGCAGUGCCGCUGGUCAAGGAAUUGAUGAGAAAACUACCAUUAACGUUGACACAGUGAAGGUUCUUGAUAAGGACGACUCUGGUAAUGUCCUAUGGUAUUCGGUUCCACCUCAAGAUCCGCUACCAAUACAAAAUUAUAAUUCUAAUUUAAGUCAUUCGUUAAAAUAUUUGGAAUUCAAAAGAAAAAGGAGCCAGGAUAAAAAAAAAGAAUUGCAAACUUCCCCUAACAGAGAAGAAGCGCACAAGCAUGACAAACUAAUUAGUUCAGCUUUAGAAAAGCUGCAUGAUUUGCAGGUACAACAAAUUCACACAUUAAAGAGCGAGUUGCCUAAUAUGAAGCACUAA